AUGUGCACGAAAUGGGAAAGACCAUAUUGCUCAGUACGUAGUAUCUCAAAUGCCCCCAAUGAGCUCGUACUGGGCAGCAGUCCUCGCCAGGCUGCUGGGACAGUGGAUUCAUACCUUCUCGUGGUUUCCGGUGUUGAUCCCCGUUGGACUAAAGUGAAUCCGACGUGGUUGUACGGCCGUGCCCCGCGCCGACCGCACAACCACACCAAAAUCAGGGGAUACUGGAUGAAAACCAUCCGACUUCUUUUACCCGACUCGCACUCGGGCCCAAAAUCUGGUCUUGCAUUACUAGUUAACGUGGUGUCGCCCUAA